GUCGUUUCAGGUUGUUGGCUUUCUUCUUCUUUCUGUUUAGCUACCUGCACUUGGCCUUUUGUUUCUGUGGGCUCUAAUCUAAACUUAGUCUCCAAACGCAAAAGGAAGGAAGGGGUAUGUGUUUGUUGUCUAAAUUAGCAUGGGCGUGGCUGCUUAUUAUCCUCUCAAAUCAAAUGAUGCCAUAUUCAAUUUAAUCAACUGGUUAUAUUUUCCCCAGAAAUCCAAACAUUGUUAGCAAUGGAUUUGAGGAGACUGGCUGUCAACAAACGCAUCUAUAUCUACACCCCAAUCACACGCCCCUUAACCUGCGUAACAUCUACUACUUCUGCUGCUGCAGCUGUCCAACAAUUCAGCCCUCACCAGCAGCCUCCGCCGCCUUUGAAUCUAACCGACUCCGACUCUUCCAACGAUUCUAAUAAUAAUAACAACAACCAGGGUCUGCUUGGUAGGCUAUCUUGUAUUCUCUCUAAGUCAUCCCUAGAUUCUUCCAAAUGCAAACAGCUCCUUCCUGUUUUGUCGCCUCUCGAUUUUGAUCGAUUCUUCUCAGCCAUUUCUUCGCAUGUCAAUCCCAAAACCACUUUGAAUUUUUUUUACCUUGCUUCUCAAUCCUUCAACUUCCGAUUUACCCUUCGAUCCUAUUGUAUUUUGAUUCUUUUGCUUCUUCUUUCCAAUCAUUCUUCACCUGCUAGAUUGCUCUUCAUUCGUUUGAUUGAUGGGAAGCUGCCGCUUUCCUCUCCUAACAAUUCUACCAUUGAUCAUAUUCAGAUUACUACUGCAUUGGCGAAUUUGAAUACACUUUCUAAGGGGGUUCCCCGGGUUAUGGGGGUUGAUAUGUUGCUUCAUCUCUAUUGCACCCAGUUCAAAAAUGCGGGUUUUACUUCCGCUAUUGAUGUCUUUUUCACACUGGCCGACAAGGGUAUGUUUCCUUCUUCCAAGACUUGCAACUUUUUCUUGAAUUCUUUAGUCAAGGCUAAUGAACUGCAAAAGACCUAUCAAGUGUUUGAAACUUUGUCUCGUUUUGUCUCUCUUGAUGUGUACUUGUGUACUACUAUGAUAAAUGCAUUUUGCAAGGGUGGAAGAAUUCAGGACGCCUUUGCCCUGUUCUCUAGAAUGGAAAACUUGGGUAUUGCACCAAAUGUAGUCACUUAUAAUAAUAUUAUCCAUGGAUUAUGCAAGAGUGGCAGACUGGAUGAGGCAUUUCAGCUUAAACAGAGCAUGACAAAACAUGGAGUGCAACCCAGCCUCAUUACUUUUAGUGUUCUUAUCAAUGGUUUGAUUAAAUUGAAUAAAUUUGAGGAAGCCAAUUCUGUUUUGAAGGAAAUGUCUGGUAAGGGGUUUGUCCCAAAUGAGGUUGUAUAUAAUACAUUAAUUGAUGGCUACUGCAAAGUGGGAAAUAUUGAUGAGGCACUUAGUAUAAGGGAUGAGAUGUUAUCCAAGGGGAUGGUUCCCAAUUCUGUUACAUUGAAUUCGCUUAUCCAGGGGUUGUGCAGGACUGGCCAAAUGGAGCAUGCUGAGCAUCUUUUAGAGGAAAUGUUAUCUAUUGGGUUAUCUAUAAACCUCGGUGCCUUCAGUUCUGUAAUUCAUUGGUUAUGCAUGAAGUCUAGGUUUGAUUCUGCUCUACAUUUUACCAGGGAAAUAUUAUUGAGAAAUUUAAGGCCCAAUGACAGGUUGAUUACUACAUUGGUUGGUGGACUUUGCAAGGACGGAAAGCAUUCUGAGGCUAUUGAACUUUGGUUUAAGCUUUUUGAGAAAGGUUUUGCAGCCAAUACUGUGACCUCAAAUGCUUUAUUACAUGGUUUAUAUGAAGCAGGUAAGAUGCAAGAGGCUAUUAGGCUUCUAAAGGAGAUGAUACAGAGUGGUUUGGUAUUAGAUAGGGUCUCCUACAAUACACUGAUUUUGGGAUGGUGCAAAGCGGGGAAAGUGGAGGAAGCUUUUAAGUUAAAGGAAGAGAUGUUUAAGCGAGGAAUUCAGCCUGACAUUUAUACUUACAAUUUGCUAAUACAUGGCUUUUCAAAUAUGGGGAAAAUGAAAGAUGCCGCUUACGUUUGGGAUGAGUGCAAAAGACAUGGUAUUCUUUCCAAUGUUUAUACAUAUGCAAUCAUGAUAGAGGGAUAUUGUAAAGUUGAUAAAAUUGAAGAGUGUCAAAACCUGUUCAAUGAGUUGGUUACUAACAAAGUGGACCUCAAUGCUGUUGUUUACAAUACACUGAUCAGAGCUUACUGUAAAAGUGGGAAUAUUAUGGCCGCCUUUAAACUUCAUGAUGACAUGAAAAGCAAAGGUAUCUCACCAACAAUUUGCACGUAUUCUUCUCUAAUACAUGGAUUGUGCAACAUGGGUGUUCCUGAGGAUGCGAGACAACUUCUUCUUGAAAUGAGAGGACUGGGGUUGGUGCCAAAUGUUGUCUGUUAUACAGCAUUACUUGGAGGUUAUUGUAGGCUUGGCCUGAUGGAUAAAGUUGGGAGUCUCUUGCAGGAAAUGUCUUCAUCCAAUGUACAACCAAACAAAAUUACCUAUACUGUCAUGAUUGAUGGUUAUUGUAAAUUGGGUAACAUGAAAGAAGCAGGGAAGCUUCUCUGUUUGAUGGUUAAGAAUGGAAUAGUCCCAGAUGUUGUCACUUAUAAUGCCUUUACAAAUGGGUUAUGUAAGGAAGGGAGGGUGGAAGAUGCUUUUAAAGUAUGUGAUCAUAUGGCUAGCGAAGGACUACCAUUAGAUGAAAUUACAUAUACAACAUUGAUUCAUGAGUGGUAUCAGCCAUCAGCAUGCUCUAAUCAAGAGUGAGCAAAGUACCUAGAGGUUGGGUGAAAAUUCUGCAUAGUAUAUUCUUGCUGUGAUAUCUUUCUGGAUCCUUGCAACAAAAUUCAUACUGGCUGUUAAACAUUAGAGGCAAGCUGCUCACAAGCAAAGGAGUUCAUCCUCAUGCCUGAGCUAGGUUUAAGGACAGGUUGAGCCAUAGAGGUGAUCUCUCUAGAUGGAUUUUGUAAGAGGUGGUUCGAGCUAUACUGGAGAUUUACAGGUCUUAAUAUUCAUCAUAAGGCACUUGGGGAUUUACAGUUCAUAACUUUUCUAGAAAAGUUGAUGAAAGACCUUGCCAUCACCUACUUAUAUAUUUUAACCCUAAAAGAACUAGACUAGAUUAUGAGAUAGGAAUCUCAGAUGUGGGGCAAACGGAGACAAAUAUGCAAAGGAAAUACAUUCCUACUUCUGCUGGUAUUAGCUUGAUAAAGAUAUUCUUCCCUCCAUAGUUAUAUAUGGACAGUGGGCGCAGCUGCUGUAGCUACUGUAUGACAGGGACAUAAUGGUACCAAAUUUUAGAAAGAGUAGGAUGCAAUAUGGCGAGGAUACAUUGGUAAAAAUGUAUCUUUAAUUCCUUAUUAUAUUAAUGCCUGUAUGUUGUAAAGAAAUUUAUUAUAGAUUGAUAUAAUGAGAAUUGCAUUCUAUAAAAAGCUAAAACUCAUAUGAUAUGUCAUUCUACGCUUUCAUUUGGGAACAAAUUCUUAAAUUAUUCUUGAAAUGGUUAUGAUUAUGCUCAAUACAUGUGAAACACAAAGGUUGGAUAAUCAAAACUUACAAAGUCAAGCCUUGGACAUAAUUGUUUGAGGUAUCUAAUAUUUAUUGAGAUGUCCCUGAAAAUGUCCCUCUAGCCCGUCUCUUUGUUUUGUGAGCAAGUUGGGUUAGAAUAUUGACAAGCAACCCCUUCUUUGACCUUUUCUAUUUGUUUGGCAAAAAUAUCUCCAAUUUAAGAAUCUCUGCUCAUGCUGCCCGUUUGCACGUCUGCUCCCUAUGAAGCCUAGAAUAAUUAGAUUACUUGGCAAAUUUGUUGAAUAUUAUAGGCAUUAUGGAUGGUAAGUUAGUUAUAGGGUAAGAGCUAAGUGUGGGAAAGCCAUUAGUUUACCUUUUUAUUAUUCUUACUUUUCUUUCUCACAAGAGAAUUUUGGAUUGUGUACCAAAAUGCCUAAAGAAAACCGUAUAAGAAUAAUCACUUGAUGCUAUCAUAAGUACAAACUUAAAAGAUUGUUGUAAUCAUAAGUACAAAUUUUCACCCAAAAAAUUUCUGCUGUCCCCCUAAUUAAAAGAGACAUAAAGCUUACAUGAUAAGUAUGUAACGACAACCUACCUUUUAUCUUGGUGAUGCCUUUAUUUGUUUCUUCUUUUGCAAACUUUUUGGUGAAUUCUAUUGGAAAUUUUUUAUUUUAUUUUAUUUUUUUUGAAAGGCAGGAAUUUUAUUGUUGUAUGAUUCUCAAGGAAGGACACUAGCUUACAGAGAGCGAAGCCAUUGGAGGCUUGCAUGGAAAUGAGAGAGCCAUAUUACAGAGUCAAAACAAUGGUCCCCUAACAAAAGAACAAGUUAACAAAUAACAAAAGCACAGCAUUCCUAGCUCUCUGAAAAAGCACAGUGGUCAUGAGACAUAAUCGGUCAAAUGAAUCAACGUGCUGUGAUUUCUCAUAAAACCUAUCAGCAGAGAGUGUUGGGGCGUUCAGCAAGGAUUUUCCCUGCUGUGGAUUUCAAACUAUGCUUCAAAUGUUGAGUCCCUUGUUACACCAGCCUUGCCAAUCCAUCUGCUAUUGAGUUUGCUUCCCUCCUGAUGUGGUUGAAGGUUUAUGUUGCCUGCGAUGGAGAGAAUCUUAUAAAAGAUGAAGGUGCUUGUUCGGGGUUGUUAUGACUUACUUGCGUCAUGGAAAAAGAUGUUGGGGAUAACCACCAGUGAACUUCUGCAAGAAUUGAAGUUCCAAGUAUCACGGUCAAGUUGCUCCCUAUGUAAGAUGGAAGUCCGUGGCAUAUUAUUUGGAGGCUUACCCUGUGUGAAUGGAGAAAUCAUGAAUCAUUUACCCAUCGAUCAGUAGAGAUCAGCAUCCCAAAGUUAAUCUGUGUCUGGUGUUAUACGAUAGAAUCCUGUUUUUCAUAUAAUGCCAACUAGAUGGAGUCAAUAGGUAGGAAGUUUGCUGUCUAAAAAAUGGAUCUCUUUCACACUCUCUCUCCCUUGUUUGGGAAUUAGGGUUUUGAUGUAGGAUGAAAUAAGAAACAACAAAGCAGUUGUGGGUGUUUGGGUUGCAAGUUCCCCAAGAAACACUGAAUUAGGUGUUUAUAAGAUGGAUGAGUCGUGCAAAGAAAUUAUGAGAAAAGGUAAUUAGUAGGAGUUCAAAGGAUGAGAUUGUCAAAUUCAUGAGAUUCAAUGUAAAUACUUUCAAUUUGUUUUAUAUAUAUAUCGAUUUGGUUUUUCUGCCAAAA